UAAUAGUAAUAUAUAUUAAGUGUUAACUAUCAUAACCGUGAUGUUGUCGUUCUAUUAUCUGGUGUUUCAUAUUUCUUCCCUGUCUGGAUUUAUAUGGAGUGAGUCAUCUGUUACUAGACGAUCUCUACCCUCCAGCCCGGUAGCAGCCGCUGUUGUAUAACACACACAGAAAACAGGAACACGGGGCGGUUUUGAACCAGAAACUACCGCUGUAUUUAGCAGGAGAACAGGGAAGAAAUUCCUCCAGUGGAGUAGCGGUGAUUCUUCACUCCAGAGGCCGGGAUUAGAGUUCCGAUUCUCGCCUGAGGUGCAUGCACAGCCCGAUUACACACGGGUGUUUGUUCUCCUGGAGUGAGACAAGCGGGUCAGGCUACAGCGGGGAGAAGCAGGGAGACAGAUGAAGACCCCAGUUGCUGAUUUUACCCUGGAAGCAGUUGUACUUCAUGAGCAGGACUCUACAAACACAACAAAGCAAGCAGUGUGAACAGCUACCUCAGCUAGUACACAAAGCUCGGCUGUUGCACACCAAGCUAGGAAACUUCCAGAACCAUGGCUGACCGACUGUUUAGCUUCUCAGCCAACAAGCGAAUUGUGGCCGGCCUGCUGGCCAACCUGCUGUCCUCUAUUUGCAUUGUCUUUAUCAACAAGUGGAUCUAUGUGCACUAUGGCUUCCCCAACAUGACCUUAACCCUUGUUCACUUUGUGGUCACCUGGCUGGGGCUGUACAUAUGCCAGAAAAUGGAUGUUUUCUCUCCAAAAAGCCUUCCAAUUCGCAGGAUUGUGUGGCUGGCUCUGAGCUUCUGUGGGUUUGUGGCCUUCACCAACCUUUCCCUGCAGAACAACUCAAUAGGAACGUACCAGCUGGCUAAAGCCAUGACUACACCAGUCAUCAUCCUCAUCCAGAGCACCUACUACAAGAAGACCUUCUCCACCAAGAUUAAACUGACACUGGUGCCCAUAACCUUAGGCGUGAUACUGAACUCCUACUAUGAUGUGCGAUUCAACCUGCUGGGGACAGUGUUUGCCUCGCUGGGUGUUCUGGUGACAUCGCUUUACCAAGUGUGGGUGGGCGCGAAACAACAUGAGCUCCAGGUGAACUCCAUGCAGCUUCUGUACUACCAGGCUCCUCUGUCAUCGGGCUUCCUGCUCUGUAUUGUUCCUGUGUUUGAGCCGCUGACCGGAGACGGAGGAAUAUUUGGACCCUGGUCUCUGCCUGCUCUGAUGACAGUGCUGUUUUCAGGUGUGGUGGCGUUCCUGGUCAACCUGUCCAUCUACUGGAUCAUUGGAAACACCUCAGCUGUCACCUACAACAUGUUUGGUCAUUUUAAAUUCUGCAUCACUCUGAUUGGAGGAUACCUGCUCUUCCAUGACCCGCUGUCAGUGAACCAAGCGCUGGGAAUCCUCUGCACUCUGGCAGGUAUCCUGUCUUACACCCACUUCAAGCUGGUCGAACAGGAGGAGGGGAAGAGUCGUCUGGCUCAAAGACCAUAGGCUGACUGAGCUGUGGGUCAGCUGCAGAGACCCCUGCUGCCUACAGCGUGAACAUACAUUUUUUUAGGGGAAUAAAGAAUUCCAUCAUGGUUCCCUGAUGGGAUUAAAUGUGU